GACAACGUACCUGUUAUACCUCAACAAAUAUUUGAAGAAGUCAUAUCAUCUUCAAUAUGCCAUCCGGAACAGCUCCUCCAGCUGCGGGUGCGCAAGCCCAAGAAGGCGGUAUGACUCCUAUGAUCAAAUCUGCCGUGCAAGGCAUCGCCAUUUUCGUUGGCAUGCAGUUGUUGAUGAAGCAAAUAACUGGAAAUAAAGGAACUGCCACUACUACCACUACGACCGAUGCCUCGGGAGCAGUUAUGAAUGUUCCAGCAAACAAUGGUGAAAUCCCUCCAUAUUAUGCGCGACCAGACAAAUUAGACGAAGGAGCAGUAUGGAGUCCCAUUCCUCAAAGAAUUGCACCGAUGUGGCCUACGGAUAGCCCUCUCGAUAUCACCAUUGUUGUAUCCCCCACUUUUGUAGCGGAGCCUAUUGCAAAAGUACCAAAGGAGAGAAUCGUGCUAGAUGAGACUGGAUUCGCAUUUGGAGAUUACAACCAACACCGAUCGAUUGAUGCGAGCUUCGAUGUUCCGUCUGAAGUGCAGAAUAAUGGUACACUUUGGGGUCACUUCUAUAUUGGACUUACUGGAAGCAAAUUGGAUCCUGCUACCCCUGGCUAUGAUCCUACAAAGGCAUUUCACUUUGUGCAUCCCCUCACACAAUACAUUGCGCAAAAGAAAAUUAGAAAGACUAAAAACCUUUUGGCAGCAGCUGAAGAGACCGACGAGCCUGAAGAGGAAAUUCCUACUGGACCUGUAAUCAAAUCUCACUAUCAUCCUAACUUUACAAUGUCCUUCAUUCCGGAUGCUGGCGUCAUGAACUUUCCAUCUUUACAUCCUGCUGUUCGUCAAUACGUUCAUUUGGAAGCAAGUGGAGCUAGAGAUGGCACCGGAAUCAAUGGAUGGUACUAUCCACUGCUCUUUGUCAACACCUUCUGGCAAUUGAAGACUCACAUGACAGUACUCAACUCAACAGUCACCAGACUUCCCAUUCAUAUUGACCUCCAGAACUUUGCCAAUUGGAAAUUUACCUUGAUGGCAAGUAUGGACGAAGGUGCCAAACAAACCGCUAGAAAUGCUGCUCAAGGACAAGCACCACCUGGUGGCGGAGAUGGCAGUGAGUUUGAGAUGAUCAAGGAAGUCUUGUUAGAUACCAAUAUCUAUCUUUUGGCUACCACGGUCAUUGUUAGUAUCUUUCAUAUGAUCUUCGAGAUGAUGGCCUUCAAGUCCGAUAUCAGCCAUUACCGAAACAAGAAGAACAAUGUUGGAAUUUCAGUUCGUUCAAUUCUCGGAAACGUCUUGUUGGAUGAUUUUGUUCACUCAGGGAAUGGGAAUUGUACUCGAAUUCUGGAAGAUCACCACGGUGGUCAAUGUUCGUAUUCGCGAUGCACCAAACUCGAUCAUACCAUACCGUAUCGCCUUUGAAGAUAAACAUGUCCUGUCCGAGACGGAAGAGAAGACCAAGGAGUACGAUGCAGUCGCUUUCAAGUACAUGUACAUGAUUGCUGUUCCACUUCUCAUCGCCUAUGGAGCAUACUCCCUGAAGUACGAAAGUCACAAAUCUUGGUACUCUUUCGUAAUCGCAACUCUUGUCGGAUCCGUCUACGCAUACGGCUUCUUGAUGAUGGUCCCUUCAUUGUACAUCAACUACCGACUCAAGAGUGUUGCACAUAUGCCAGGUAGAGCUAUGAUGUACAAGUUCUUGAAUACAUUCAUCGACGAUCUCUUUGCAUUCACUAUUAAGAUGCCAACACUACAUCGUUUGGCAACACUCAGAGAUGAUGUUAUCUUUUUCGUUUACCUUUAUCAAAGCUGGAAGUACAAGGUCGACUACACCAGAGUCAACGAGUUUGGACAAGGGGGUGACGAUGAAGAGGUCGAGGAGAAGAUUGCCAAUCAACCUUUGAAGAGUAUCCCAGACGCUGAUGCGAGCGUCAAGGAGGGUCUUGAAGGUGCUAAGAUCGCCGGGAAUAAGGCAGAUGCAGUCAUUGGCAAAGCUACAGGAAGUUCCAAGAAAGGCGGAGCAACGAAAAGAAAGUGAGAAUGUAGUUAAAAGAGUCGGUCCGUGUGUAUAAUAAAUAUAUGGGAUAUAUUAUUAGUUACUUCAAAUAUACCAGGACAUGACAUUAGCGGAAAGAGCAAUUCAGAAGUGUGCUUUUCCCAUCUGAGAAAUAUUAUUAAUCUUAGCCUCA